AUGGCGACGGUGCGCGUCUGCGUCUGCGGCGACGAAGGCACGGGCAAGUCGAGUCUGAUCACGUCGCUGGUCAAGGAUCUCUUUGUCACCAACAAAAUCCAGCCCGUCCUGCCCCCCAUCUCCAUCCCACCCACUCUGGGCACGCCGCAAAGCGUCACCACCACCAUUGUCGACACCUCAGCCCUGCCCCAAGAGCGCGACAAUCUGCGCAACGAGCUGCGCAAGUCCAAUGUCAUCCUUCUGGUCUACUCGGACCACUACAGCUACGAGCGUGUCGCCCUCUUCUGGUUGCCCUACUUCCGCUCCUUGGGUGUCAAUGUCCCCGUUGUCCUGACCGCCAACAAGGCCGAUCUGUCCAAGAAUGUCUCAACGCAACAAGUCGUCGACGAAGAGAUGCUGCCCGUCAUGCAAGAGUUCAAAGAGAUCGACUCAUGCAUCCGCACCAGCGCCCGCGAGCACCACAACAUCAACGAAGUCUUUUUCCUCUGCCAAAAGGCCGUCACUCACCCCAUUGCUCCCAUAUACGAUGCCAAAGAGUCCUCACUUAAGCCUGCUGCUGUUUCUGCCCUCCGGAGAAUCUUCUAUCUGUGCGACAAGGACCAAGAUGGCCUGCUCAACGACGCAGAGAUCCUUGAUUUCCAGAUGAAAUGUUUCGAAAAACCUCUAUCCGAUCAAGACCUUGUUAGCAUCAAACGCUCUGUCCACGCUCACCCAGGUGGCAUCGAUAUCGAUGGCUUCAUCCUCCUCAACAAAAUGUUUGCCGAAAAAGGCCGUCACGAGACAAUAUGGAUCAUCCUACGCAAGUUUCAAUACACCGACAGUCUGAGCCUCAAGGACACGUUCCUGCAUCCCAAGUUUGACGUUGCUCCAUCCUCUUCUGCCGAGCUCAGUCCUUCGGGCUACCGCUUCUUUGUUGAUCUGUUCCUUCUGCAUGACAAGGACAAUGAUGGAGGUCUCAAUGACUCUGAACUCGCCGCUUUGUUUGCACCUACUCCUGGUCUUCCCUCUUCCUGGAUCGAUUCUGACUUCCCUUCUUGUACUGUCCGUAACGAGGCUGGCCACAUCACGUUGCAAGGUUGGCUGGCGCAAUGGAGCAUGACAACAUACGAAGAGCCCAAAGUCACACUUGAAUAUCUAGCCUAUCUUGGCUUUGAGAGUCCCCAACGCGGAGGCACUACCGCUGCACUCAAGGUCACCAAAGCUCGCAAGCGACGUAACAGGCCCGGUCGUGUAGAACGCAACGUCUUCUUAUGUUAUGUCAUUGGCGCUGGCGGUAGUGGCAAGUCGAGUUUGUUGUCAGCCUUUCUCAACAGGCCUUUCAGCACAACCUAUCACCCAACAAUCAAACCAGAGAUUGCCGUCAACAGUGUCGAGCUGCCUGGUGGACGGCAAUGCUAUCUCAUCUUGAAAGAGCUUGGCGAGCUGGAACCUGCUGUGCUGGAGAAUCAGGCCAAGCUGGAAGCUUGUGACCUUCUUUGCUAUACAUACGACUCUAGCGAUCCUGACAGCUUUGGUUAUAUCGUCGAAAUGCGCAAGAAAUACGCCCAUCUCGAACACUUGCCGGCUGUAUACACGGCCCUGAAGGCGGAUCAGGAUAGAGCGGUACAGAGGAGUGAGAUGCAGCCGGACCACUACACGGAGGAGCUGCGUGUACCAAAACCGCUUCAUGUGAGCGUGACCUGGGCAAGUGUUUCGGAAUUCUUUGUGCACCUCGCCGAGAGCGCGACGUUCCCUUCGACAGCAUUCCCCAAGAACGAGGAAUCAGAUGUGGAUCGAACAAAUUUGUACAUCGGGGUGGGAGCGGCAGUAUGCGCGGGAGCAGCUUUGGCCAUCAUGUGGAGGAAAAGCAUAGCAGCCAGCAACUAG